CCAACUCCACACCUUUCGUCCACUGAGUCUAAUCGAAUGUAGUUGACAAAAAAAAACAAAGAAAAAGUAAUCGAAUGUCAAACUCGCUCCCUGAAUGAGAAUAACCAUCCGCGCUCUUUCCACACACAAACCAAAUCAACACACUACACAAUGCGAACAAGAGCUUCAAUAUCUUGUUUGCUUCGUAUUCAACACCGUAACUACUUUCUUUCUUACUCCCACUCCUCUUCAACAACAAACUCUAAUGCCGUUAACAACAACCCUAUUAACAGAACCCACCUCCUAAACUCCAUCAAAACCCUCCCAGACGUUAACGCCGCCGUCACAUUCUUCCACCAAAUGCUCACAAUGAACCCUUUCCCUAACGUUAAAGACUUCAAUUUCUUAUUCACAUUCAUAACAAAAAAAACCAAACACUACACAACCGCAAUUUCCUUAAUCAAACACGCGCAUUCGCUUGGUGUUAAACCCGACACAUACACACUCAACAUCGUAAUCAACUGUCUCUGCCAUUUGGGCCACACACCCUUCGCUUUCUCCGUUUUGGGCAUAAUGUUUAAAACAGGCCUAAGGCCCACAAUGGUAACUCUCAACACCAUCGUUAAUGGGCUUUGUGUUGAAGGUAAAGUGGCCCAAGCUUUGAAUUUAAGCCGUUACAUGGAAAACGCGGGUUAUGUACCAAACGAUUAUACGUUUGGAGCGUUAGUUAAUGGUUUGUGUAAAAUUAACGACACAGUUAGUGCCGUCGUUUAUCUUAGAAACAUGAUGGAGAGAAACUACGAACCAAACGUUGUCGUUUACAAUGCAAUUAUUGAUGGAUUUUGCAAAUUAGGGUUUGUUUCAGAGGCUAUGAAUUUGUUUAAAGAAAUGAAUGAAAAAGGUAUUUACCCUAGUUUGGUUACUUACAAUUGUUUAAUUCAAGGGUUUUGUAAUGUUGGUAAAUUGAAAAGUGCUUAUUUUUUGUUGAAUGAGAUGAUGGAAAAGGGGAUAAUGCCAGAUGUUCAAACUUUUACUAUUUUGGUGGAUGGUUUUUGUAAAGAAGGGUUGAUUUUGGAGGCUAGAAGUGUAAUUUGUUACAUGGUGCAAAUGGGUGAGGAGCUUAAUGUUGUGACUUAUAAUUCCUUGAUUGGUGGUUAUUGUUUGAUGAAUCAAAUGGAUGAAGCUAUGAAGGUUUUUGAAUUGAUGGGUUUAAGGAAGUGUUUACCUAGUGUUGUGACUUAUAAUUCAUUGAUUCAUGGUUGGUGUAAGGUUAAAGAUGUUGAUAAAGCUAUGUGUUUGUUGUAUGAAAUGGUUAAUGAAGGUUUGUGUCCUGAUGUUGUGACAUGGACAACACUUGUUGGUGGGUUUUGUGAAGUUGGUAAGCCUUUGGCUGCUAAGGAAUUGUUCUUUACAAUGAAGGAGUAUGGUCAGGUUCCUAAUCUUUUGAGUUGUGGUGUUGUGUUGGAUGGUUUGUUUAGAUGUCAUUUUCGUUUUGAGGCGGUGUCAUUGUUUAGGGCUUUGGAGGAGAGUGAUUUAGAACUUGAUAUUGUUAUUUACAAUGUUAUGAUUGAUGGUUUGUGUAAAGAUGGAAAGUUGAGGGAUGCAAGGAAGGUUCUUGCGCGAUUGCUUGUUAAAGGGUUGCGAUUUGAUUCAUAUACUUAUAAUAUAAUGAUUGGAGGUUUGUGUAGAAAAGGACUUUUGGAUGAUGCUGAAUACUUGCUUAUGAAAAUGGAAGAGAAUGGAUGUCCACCUAAUACAUGUUCUUAUAAUGUCUUUGUACAGGGAUUGUUGCGAAAUCAUGAUGUUUUAAGGUCAAGAAAAUACCUUCAGAUAAUGAAAUGCAAAGGGUUUGCAGUGGAUGCUACUACCACAGAGUUGCUUAUAGGCUUUUACUCUGAUGAUAAAGAAAGUAAUGCAUUUCAAGACUUGCUGAAGAACUGAAGUUUGAUUGGGAUUUAAUUGCGCCCUAUUCAUUAUUUGAUGUGAAUUUUUCAUAUAAUGUUUUAGGAACCUAUUUGAUUUGAACUAGGUCCCUUAAUCGUCAUUGCGACUAUUGUGGGUUCAAAUUGCCCAAUUCCAUUAAAAACUUGAUGGUAUACUAUAAUGGCCAAGGGCAACGGCAGUUUGAUGUUCAUAUAUGAAAAUCCAAAUUGGAUAAUGAUAAUGAUGGUGUUCUAAAUGGUGCUCACAAUGAAGGCCUCGCUUUGCUAGAUUGCAGUUGCAAGAUUCUGGUUGAGAAAUAUCUAAUGUCCAUACAAGGGAAGCUCUCACAAAAUUGAACAAUUGUAAGGUAUAUCACAUUAAAGAAACACAGAAUCACUGGAAGAGAGAAACACUGUGUUUGAGGUGUAUCUUUGAUGGGUAACUACAGGUUCAACUAGUCGGAUAAGAUUUCAGAUGCAUGAUUUUACAAGCUCAGAGAUACAAGUAGAUCAAUGAACCAAAAUGGUUCUCAUGUUAUGAAAAAACACAGCUAGCUCAUACUUAAUGAGUUUUAUACAAUUUCACAGUCGGCACAUACUUGACCAUUAACAAUGCCAAUGAAGUUCGAUGUCGAAGUCCUUUGGAGCCACUUAGUUUAGAAGAUCAACCAAAUUGGAUGAGUUAAUGUCUCAGUCUCUAUCUAUCAAAUUAUUACAGAGGAAAGCAGUAGAACUAAGAGAGAAAAAAAUUAAUCCAGUGCUAAUUUUUACGGGCACAAGGUAUUUGGCUCUACAGAUUGUAACAGAUCAGUUAGAUGAUAAGUUUGUUAAUUGGUAGUUAGGAUUAGUGUGCAUUCAGUUUUUCUGUUAUUUUCAGUUUGCUUUAGGUUGAACACUUCAAGUUCAUCUGUAUAAAUUCAUGUACUCUUAAUUUGACCAAUAAUGAAUCGUUCAAUUCUGGUUCUAUAUAUAAAGCUUAGAGUCAA